AUGCGAUCGUCCCCCCUUCUACUAACCCUAACCCUGGUGCCGGGGUCGUGGGCGGCGGCCAGUCUGUCGCUGACGACGAUCACCGCGACCUCGACCGACACCGUCACCAACACCAUCACCAGCGACUAUUCGGUCAUCACCAGUGUCACGGCCUGCACGCCGGGGACCGUCCCUCCCUCGGGUGCCUCAUGCACCGACAUGGCCUGGUCGGCCAAUGGCCGCUACUACAGCGCCAUCUGCUCAUCCUCUGCGAUGACCGGUGGCAGCACCAUCCACUCGUAUCUAGAUUACGGCUUCAGCAAAUGUGUCUCGGUCUGCGAAUACCACACCUCGACCUGCAAUGGCGUCGAGUUCUUCAAGUCGGGGGCCCUUACCUGGUGUGAUAUCAUCAGCGGGUCGGCCACUCUGGUGGCGGGCAGUGCGGCCACCACCGCGGUGGUCAUUCCCUACACCACCAACCCGUGCAUCGAAACCCUCACCCACACCUCGACCGCCACCUCCCUGCAGACCUCCACCGUCGAAUAUACCACAACUUAUGUCUCCACCGUGACCCUCUCGAUUUCUUCCUCGACCCCGGUCCCUACAACCUCGUCGGUGCUGACCAUUGCGCCAGCGCCAUCAGCGUCGACACCUGUUGUCUUACCAACCACCUCAUCUUUGCUGUCAUCCAGCCCUGUGGUGGUGAUGCCCCCCUCGUCGUUGGUGGUUGCUAUCACACCGUCUUCAUCGGCCCCAGCUGGCUUGACAACCUCGUCCUCCUCGCGAUUAUCAAGCUCUGCGAUCGUGUCACCCUUUUCAUCAUCAUCAUCAUCAUCAUCAGUGGUCGCGAUCUCCAGCCCUGCCUCUUCUGCACCGGCACUUGCUUCAUCUUCCCCCAUCUCCAGCCUUUCUCGGCUCUCCCAAUCCUCUUCUUCCGCUUCAGUCUCGCAUUCUGCAUCCUCUCCGGUGGCUGUUGUUUCGUCUUCGCCCGUCUCCAGUAUUGCUCCGCUCUCUCAGCCCUCCUCGUCGGCUUCCACACGUCCUGCCUCACGGUCAGUGUCCUCUGUGGCGGUGAUUGCUUCAUCCUCGCUCGUUUCUAGGGUUGUCUCGGCCCCCCUAUCUUCUUCUUCUUCUUCUUCUUCUUCUUCUUCUUCUUCUUCUCUCAUAUCCAGCAUUGCACCGCCAUUCCAUUCCUCUUCAGCUUCGGUCCACCCGGUCUCACGAUCAACAUUUGUGCGGCCAAUUGCUUUAUCCUCGCCAGUCACCAGGGUUGCCUCGUCCCCCCACUCUUCCUCGUCGCCUUCCGUGGCAUCCAGCAGUCUCCCAGCUCUCGGGCUUGUCUCCGCCACCCUCUCCGCAACUGCUUCACAUUCCCACGCGUCGACAGGCUCCACAAAGCUGUCCUCUGUGAUCUUCUCAUCCGCAACCAGUGUCGUUUCCAACCCCUCCAACACAAUCCCUGCCCUCAUCCCUAGCGAGACGACCACGAAUCCAACAACGACACAGCCCACCGACAAUGCCAGCUCCCCCUCGCUCACCACGUCCACGGUAUAUAUCACAUCCGUGCACACCAUCACCGCAUGCCCGCAGUCCGUCAAGAACUGCCCUGCCUCCGAGCGGACGACCAUGAUCACGACCGAGACCGUGAUGGCCUACACCACCCUCUGCCCCGUCACUGCGGAGGCACACCCUACCACCCUUCCCUCGUCCCUUCCCACGGAGAUCCCUCCCGUGCACGUCGGAUCCUCUCCAUCGAACGGCGAUACCCCCACAAUCUCCACCAUCUACGUGACCGAAAUCCUCACCCUCGUCGCCUGUCCGACAUCCAACCCCGACUGUUCUGCGCACCAGAAAACCACGCGUCUCACCACGACGACUCUUGCCACCCACACCACGACCAUCACGGACGGGACUGUGCCGACACUGCCGGCAGUGGUCACGUCAUCAUUCUCACAGGGCGAGGAGGGCCAGCACCCGGAAAGCGAGACCACCACCCGGCCCGAAUCAGAGAUCGCAUCCGCGCACCCGGAACCCGAACCGGCACCGGCUGUUUCAGUCUACCUCACCACCGAGACGCUGUACGUCACUCGACCGGUCACCGUUACUGUGACGGCUUGUCCGUCGCAUGAACAUGGAUGUUCCGAAGGCGAAGUGACCACGACUCUCCGGACGACGGAGACGGUCGUCGCGACGGGCACCACGGUAUAUCCCGCUCGAGUGACCACGACGGCAACGGUCGCUGGAGGGGAUGAAGACUUCUCGACAGUUUCAAGUGGAAAGACGGGAGAGAAAGGACAGGGAGGAAGUGGGGGGGAGGAGGAUGGAAGCACAGCGACCGCUACAGCGGGAGCCGAAUCCACCGUGACGAUCACCGCCAUCGGAGGAGAGACAACGACGGUCGUCUCUGCGGCCGGUGGCGCGGAAGGAAAGAGCCCUAAUUACAACCACAAGGGCAGCGGAGAGCAGCCUAAUCCUCCUCCCUUCGGCACUCGCCCCCUUCCCCCGGUCUCCAACGGACACACCUGGAACAGCAGCCACUCACACGCAUCCUUUUCCUUUUCUCCUGCCGCGUCUCAAAUCCCCCCCUACUCCUCCAUCGCACACGCACACGGCACGCCCAGUUCCGCGGCGAUCAUCCCCUCCGGCUCCCCAAUUCCCACGCGCACGGCGGGACCCACCUUCCGGCACGAAAAUAUGAUCAAGGAGCUUCGUACCGGGUCUGCAUCGUCGGUGCAGGUGGUGGCUAGCCUGCUGGUUGGGGGGUUGCUUUUGCAUGUUCUUGCUGUGGCGAUGUAGCGAGAGGUAACCCUAAUAAAUACUAGUACUGGUGUGGGGGAGGAUGUGUGCAUACUUCCAUGAGUGCACGCAUAGUGUUAUAGAAAGCUGUCCAUAUUUCGAAUUUGC